GCAUGUAGGGGUGGGGGGAAAACAGAGGGGACUCUCUCUCCCUAGGGAACCCAUCCCCCACUCCAACUCCCGCUUGUCCUCUGUAUUCCAAAUCCAUCACUACCUCUGUUUACUGUCCAAAGUCCCGGGCACCGGAUAUGCCAGUUUCGACCUGCUUGGACACGCAGACUAGGGGUGGACCUGCCUCUUUACCUGUUGCCCUCUGGGGUUCUCCAUACACCCCACUUUCCAGGGUGCAGCCCCUUCCUUAGUCUGGGAUCUGAACAAGACCUGAGAUUCAACCUUUCGAUCUUCAGCAAUCUCAGGUUCAGUCAGCCCUACCAUGACAAAGGAGUAUCAAGAUCUUCAGCAUCUGGACAGUGAGGAGAAUGAUCAUCAACUCAGAAAAGAGCCGCCUUCUUCCCGGACGCUCCUCCGGCGCCUCUGCUCCAGUACCCGGCUGCUGCUGCUCACGCUGGGCCUCAGCCUCCUACUGCUGUUGGUCAUCAGUGUCAUUGGAUCCCAAAACUCCAAGCUGGAGGAGGAACUGCAGACUCUGAAGGAGACUUUCAGCAACUUCACCAAGACCACUGAGGACGAGGUUAAGGACCUGCACAUCCUGGGAGAAAAUAUAGGCAGAAAGAUGAAAUCUUUGGAGUCACAGGUGGAGAAGCAGCAGCACAGCCUGAAAGAAGAUCACUCCUCCUUACUGCUCCACGUGCAGCAGUUUGUGACUGACCUUCGAAGCCUGAACUGUCACCUGGCUGUCCUCCACGGCAAUGCCUCUGAGAAGACAUGCUGCCCUGUGAGCUGGAAGGAAUAUGAGGGCAGCUGCUACUGGUUCUCUGUCUCUGUCAAGUCCUGGCCGGAGGCUGACAAAUACUGCCGGCUGGAGAACGCCCACCUGGUGGUGAUUGGCUCACUGAAAGAGCAGCAAUAUAUCCAGAGCAUUAUGGGCCCUGUGGAAACCUGGAUAGGCCUCACUGACCAGAACGGGCCCUGGAGGUGGGUGGACGGAUCAGACUACGAGAAGGGCUACAAGAACUGGAAACCAGAUCAGCCUGAUGACUGGUACGGGCACGGGCUCGGAGGAGGGGAGGACUGCGCCCACUUGACUAUCGAUGGCAGAUGGAACGACAACGCCUGCAAGAAGCUCCAACGCUGGGUGUGCGAGACGGCGAGGAACGGCACGGCCUAGAGCCACCUGCAUUUGUGGCUAUAAUUUAUUUCCUCAAGGAUCUGCCCGGGGCCGGAGAGCCUCCUGAUUGGGGCCCCCCUUCACCUUGGAGAAGUUUUCAUCUAGGAGAUUAGAGAAGGGAAACGAUGGUGUCUGAGGAAUGUCAAGUGAUAUUUGGAGGAGUGGAGAGUGAAACCUAUGAAAUUAUUUUUGCAGGUUAUUUUUGCCAAGUUUUUUUUUUAAUUGUCAAAUGGAGAGAAAAUAUACUAAA